GAGUUUUAAGGGUUGCCCCGCCAUGAGGAUCAUCAAGUCUCUCUACCCACCUCUCCCCCCAGUUCCGGAGCAGAACGUCCAUCACGUUCUCCUCAGUCGUCCAGACCAGGCUCAGUGGCCAGACUUCACGUUUCAAGUUGACGCCUACACAGGUUUGAAGCGCUCUUUCAGCGAGUUCAAGGGACGUGUCAUCGACGGUGCAACUGCACUCGCAAGCCCCGUCUCACAAGGCGGUUUGGGUCUUUCACCCGAGAACGGCGACCUCGUCGGCUUGCUUAGCGAGAACUGCCUUGACUACAUAACCCUUGCUCAUUCAUGUCUGGCGACUACCAUCCCGUUCUGCAUGUUCUCUUCGUACGGCACGCCCUAUGAGUUCCAGCAUACCUUCAAGCUCGGCGGCCCAACGUUGCUGUUCGUCAGUCCUAAAAUGCUCUCCCUUGCCCUAUCAUCCGGCAUUCCGAAAGAGAAAAUAUACGUUCUUGAGGGUUCAGUAGCGGGUUACACUAGUUUCCAAAACUUGCUCGAUCGCACGAGCAAGCUUCCUCGCGUGGCCGUGAAGCAGGCCAAGAAGGACACGCUCGCGUAUCUCGUCUUCUCUAGUGGCACAAGCGGACUUCCGAAAGCUGUGAUGAUCUCACAUGGUAACCUGAUCGACUCGUUAAUGCAGGUUUUCAUUUAUGCCGCUGAGGGAGCCAAGGUCGCACCGAUGCCAGAGUGGAAGAGCAAAACCGGUCUACAGACUAUUCUCAACCCACUGCCAUUCCAUCACACCUUCGGUUUGCACAUGUCCUCGUUCCGCGUGUUUUUCCUCCCCGUGACGGUCAUCGUGAUUUCGAAGUGGAACAUCGACACUUACUUCGACGCGAUUACCAAGUACAAAGCGACGACCCUCUACCUCGUUCCGUCGCUCGUACAUCAGAUUGUGCAUCAUCCACGCUUUGAGAAGACCGACUUCAGCACCGUGUCCCUCGUCCAUUCUGGUGCUGCAUACCUCCCUGCAGCACUUGCUGAACAGCUGCGCUCUCGCAUUUCUGGAGCCCCACGAGUCAGUGAGGGAUACGGCAUGUCCGAGACGACUAUUUCUGUAUCGAACAAGCCACAACCGGGUGCUCUGAACGGACGCGCGAAGAAUGUCCUAGGCUCAGCAGGUAUAUUGUUGCCAGGAGUGGAAGUACGUGUCAUCCGCGAGGAUGGGAGCGAUGCAGAUGUCAACGAGCCCGGUGAGCUGCUCGUGCGCUCAAAGUGCGUCGCCCUUGGGUAUUGGCGAAAUGAGGAGGCAACGAAGGCAACGUUCCGUGGCGACUGGCUUUACACCGGCGAUCGAUUCCGGAUUGAUGAAGAUGGUGUUCUUUUCUUCGAGGACAGAACCAAGGACAUCCUCAAGGUUUCUGGAAUGCAGGUUUCCCCUGUAGAAAUCGAAAACACGCUCAUGGCACAUCCAUCUCACCUUCUCAAAGACGCGGCCGUGGCUGGCGUGAGUGGUGGGCGGACCUCCGACGAAAAGAUACCGCGUGCAUGGGUUGUGCUGGACGCACCAGGACGCAAACUUGGGGCCGCAAAGGUGGUGGAGACCCUCGAUGCAUUCAUCAAGGAGAACUUGAGCAAGUACAAGUGGCUCCGUGGCGGCAUCGAGGUCGUUGAUGAGAUCCCGAAGAACCCAACGGGCAAGGUUCUCCGCCGAGUGCUCGUUGAGAAAUUUGAGCAGCAGAACAAAAUGCCAAAGCCGAAGCUGUAGACUUGACCCUUAGAUGUCUGCCCUUGAGCUCGCAGCUAGCUUGUUAUCUAUUGCAGAUUUUCUGGCUAUAGAUUCAUUAAGUUAUAGAUUAUAUUCGCUGUAUUCAUGUCAACCUAAUUAUUCGAUAUAUAUC